ACAUCUGAUGCCUGGAUGCAAUUGAAUGAGCAAUACAAAGGAGAAGGGAAACAAAGUAUAGCCUACCUAAUAGGUGGAUUAUUCUGUGGAACACUUUUGGACAAAUAUCCUGUAGAACCACAGCUAAAUGCAAUGCGACAAAAGGCCAAAGUGUUGAACUCACUUGGUCAAACCCUAGAUGACUCCCCAGUGGCCAUUUCUAUGGUCAUAUCCCUUCCCCUGUCA